AAAACUUGCACAACUUCCUGUAAGCUGAAUACAUCGACGUCACAUACCUAAAAUUAGGCACAACACGCACAAAGGUGCUUGAUAACAGUAUAAAUAGGACGACAUACAUAUUGGCCCGAAGACUUUAGGCGUACGCGCCAGACCAUUCAGCAAGGCUAAGCUCAAUCUUUCAAACAAGUUAGUUUUGUUUUAGAACACACCACUUGUAGCAGUCUGCCAGUGUUGCGAAGUUCAUUUUGCGGUGAUAUUUCAACAAAGCUGAUUAGUGAGGGAAACUUACUUUGUGGUAAGAACUCUACAGCAAACCUGUUCUGCGAGAAAAACCCCACACCUGAAGUCGUUGUUCGUAGUAUGCUAAAUAGAUCAAAAUCACUUUGUCAAUAUUUCAAUACUAAAAGUGGUUGUAAGUUUAAAGAGAACUGUAGAUUUUUGCAUUCUCCAACAAGUAUUUCAAGUCCAGCAGUGGAAGAAAAUCAAGAAAAUGGAACGUCAGUAAAUCAACAGGUGAAUACCGAUUCUCUUUCUGGUUCUGUAUCUCAGCUGUCUUUUAAUAACCAGAAUCAUGAAGCAGUAAGUAAGGAAACGAAGCCUUGUUUCACUUUUGAGAAGUACGGAAGUUGCAGAUUUGGGAAUAAUUGUCGCUAUCUUCAUUCAUUGCCAAAGGAAUUGCAUCUAAAGAAACCUAACUCGACCAAGAAAUCAAAGACUGACAGAAAAUCUAAUAAUGAUUCCAAAAAUCUUGGUCACCGCCAACAGACUCAUGAAAAAAGACGUGUCUGCCACUACUAUCAGGCAGGCUUUUGUCAGAAGGGGAACAACUGCAGAUUUCACCAUCCAGAUGGCCUUGAUCAAGUAGCUAAUUUGGAUGUCGUCCUACGAGAGGACAAGGAACAAGCAGAGAAAAGAGAUGCCGAUAUUGAAAAUGUGACAUCAGCUGGCCAAAGCAAUGAUAAGAAGGAUCAAAACAGAAAGUUUACACCAAAAGUGGGUCAGAAAAAAAUUGUACCCAGACCAGUUCAGCCUGUGAAGGAGUUUCAGAGAGAAGGUUUACUGAAGAAAGAGGUUGAGAAUCUCCGAUCAACUGAAAUCGAACAACUGAAAAAGAGACUGGCAGCUUCCAACUUGGAAGUCAUUACUGACAGUGAAGACAGCUUUUGUGUGCAGUUUGAUUUUUCAUCCAGUGACCCAGAUUGGCCAUAUGAUGUGGAAGUAUUCAAUUUAAAAGUCACUAUACCAAAGGAAUACCCUCUGAAGAUGUUUGUUGUAAGACUUUCGGGUGAACAGAAUUUACCUGAAACAGUACAAAGGUACAUAGAUAUUUCUCUGGAGGACUGGAUAAAUACAAAACAGGCAGAGUUAAUAUCGGUGGGAACUGUCAGACUGGAGUUUAGACCUUUCAUGAAAUGGUUGGAUAAGAACCUGGAAUCUAUUGUUACUGGUGCGCUGAAACAGUUGAAGAAAGAGCUAGAUGCCAAGGCAGCAGGGUUACAGUUUAUCCCUGCAUCCAAACUACAGGAAAAAGUCAAAGCAGCUGGUAGUGAUGAAGAUCAAGAAGAAGGUGAGGAGGAGGAAGGCGAGGAUGAAAAUAAAAUGUUUGGAGGAAUAGUCUACAGAAAAACAGAAGACGACUUCAUUUACACAGGUCCACAGCAACAGAGUGACGAAUCUGAAUCGGAGGACGAUGAUUUAAUUGAUUCUGCCAUCAGCGAUAAAAAACCAGAGAGAGAUGAAAGACGGGGAACUGAAAUAAAGCUGAGGAACCUCACGCUGAAGGACAAUGCUUCAACACUUACUUGUGGUACACUUAAAGUCAUCAUUCAGUGUGCCCGCUGUAAAAACAAGAUGGAUGUAAGCACACCCUCUGGGAGGCCAAACCUUGUGACUUGUGGGAAAUGCAGCUACCCUCAGGUCAUGACUUUCCGCUCAGCAAUCAUGCAUCAGUUCUCCUCGGUAGUAGGCUAUCUGGAUUUGGAUGGAUGUAUUCCAUUUGAUCUCAUCCUUCAGGACUGCAUGUUUAAGCUGGGGUGCUUUAGCUGCAACAAAGAAAUGAAAGCCAAGAGUAUGGCCUUUGGACAAGUUACUGAAACAUGGUGUUCCAACUGUCACAGUAAAAUGAAAGUAUCUGCAGAAUCUGUCCGUUUUGCUCAACUUCUUCCUUCAGAGCAAGACUUGGUUUCAGAGGAAAGGGGUCUGCACAAAGUUCCAGUUUUGAAGCCAAAGAAAAAUCUGAAAGAACCAGAGAUCCAGCUGGGCUAUCCUUUACCUAAAGAUGGAACUUGUAAACACUACAAGAAAAGUUAUCGCUGGUUCAGGUUUCCUUGUUGUGGUAAGUGUUACCCCUGCGACGUUUGCCACGAAGAGAAGGAAGGAGGCCAUGAGAUGGUCCUGGCUACAAGAAUGAUCUGUGGACACUGCUGUAGGGAACAACCCUUUGCUCUGGAUAAGGCCUGUGUCGGCUGCAAGCAGUCAAUGACACAAGUUCGUACCACUCAUUGGGAGGGGGGGAAAGGAUGCAGGGACAAAAGCAAGAUGAGCAAGAAUGAUGCUCAGAAAUAUGCAGGCCAGUCAAAAACUGUCUCCAGGAAGGCCCAGGACAAGCAGAAGUCCUCGACUGCAAAGAAGAACAUCAAACUCCGUCACAGCAGUCACUAAAUCAGACACUUCAUUCAGUAAUGAGGAAGUUGAAUCCAAUGGAGAGAAACGCUCCAUUUGCUUUCCAUGUACAUGUAGUUUUCAAGAUGUACUGUACACAUAUUUUUUUAUAAACUGUAGGACUUCUACUUUGUAAUAAUUUUUGCAUUGAAUCAGUGAUUUAAGCCUGUGAAAUAACUUUGAAAUGGACUGAAUUCAAAUUUUACAACUGAAAUUCUUCAAAAUAAUUUUUGCAUUGAAUCAGUGAUUUAAGCCUGUGAAAUAACUUUGAGAUGGACUGAAUUCAAAUUUUACUACUGAAAUUCUUCAAAAUAAUUUUUGCAUUGAAUCAGUGAUUUAAGCCUGUGAAAUAACUUUGAGAUGGACUGAAUUCAAAUUUUACUACUGAAAUUCUUCAAAAUAAUUUUUGCAUUGAAUCAGUGAUUUAAGCCUGUAAAAUAGCUUUGAGAUGGACUGAAUUCAAAAUUUUCAACAUAAAUUCCGGACAGUGUUUAUUAUUAUGCAUAUUGUAAAGUAGUCAUCAUAUUUGUAUUUUUAGAUACGUUUUGAUAGUUUAAUUGCAGAUGUGUUGAAAUGCAUUGUAUUUAGAAAUAAAAUUUUGGAAAGAAUGACA